GCCGAACAACAUGGAUCCAAUCUGUUGGGUGCUUCCUCACGAAAACACCCGAAAGACGCAACCUAUUGUACGAAUGAACGUGAUCUUACAAGUGUAGCAGAAUCAUGCCGGAGUUAGAUCCCACAAGAGCAAGAACGCCAGUCAGGACCGAAAGUUGUCUACAACCGGCACCGCGCCAAGAACACCGCACCGAAUGGGUUCUCCGAGGUAUUUUCCUCCUGCUGGGUGUGGGUGUGCUGGUGCCCUGGAACGCUUUUAUCUCUGCCAAAGCAUACUUCCAGAGUCGCUUGUGCGAGUCAACGGCCAAUGCGGUGGCGGAUCCGCACAUUGAGUCGACGUUUGCCAUGGUCUACAACCUAUCCUCUGUAUUGUCUCUCGCUAUCAUCAUUGGGACGCAAUGGUUCCGCGAUCAAUCGGUGGCUGACCAUCACGAACCAUCCGCGUCUGUUGCAAGCAAUCGUGUAGCUUGUCCAACAAAAAACGCACAGCAAGAAGCAGAUUCUAUGUACACAGACAGCUUACAGUUAGAACCUUUGGAUCCUCCACAGCAGCGCCGAGAAGGACAUACGACUAUCAAUGAUUCUUCGUCCGCUCACGCCUUUUGGCUCGUCAUGCUCCCCUUGAGUCUCUAUCUUUUGGUCUUUUCUCUUCAAACCCUUUUGGUGUUAGCGUUGGAGCUGUCGCCGUCGACGUUCCGUUGGAUUACUUUAAUCUGUCUCACCGGCUGCGGCGUGUGUGGUAGCAUUGCGUCCGCCGGGAUCGUCGCCACGGCCAGCUGCUUUCCGGCAUCGGUUGCGAUGAAUCCCUUUUUAAGUGGCCAGUCUUUGGGUGGCGUAAUUGUGGCGGUGGCGAAUUUUGCCACCGCGGUUUGGGAGGACCCCGAGCCCUAUCGGCAAAUGAAUUGUGUUGCGGCCGACGACAGUCACCGCAUCGCCUUCUCGCAUGAUGGGCCUAUCCGUAUACAACAGCAGAGUAGUGUUUCAAUGGUACAACAAUUACGUACAGAACCUUGUUCUCCUUACGAACAUCGACACUGGGCUGUCUUUGCCUAUUUCUUUAUGGGAUCGGCAGUAUUGGCGAGUUGCUUGGUCGGAUAUGCCUAUAUUGACCGGCAUCAACGCUUGCGGCAACGAAUUUUGCCAUGUGAUGAUUACGAAUUCGUCGAGGAUAGAGAGCGGAACCUGGUGCUGCAUGAACAUCAUAAGGAAGGUUCAUGGACCGAUGGUAUUCACGAAGCUGAAGCGGUUUUCAGAAGCGGCCUGGAAGUCGAGGAAUCGGAGCACGGUUUUGACCGGAGCCAUGAUGGGUCUCAAUUAACGAUUCAAGCUGUAAUAACAGGAGACGACAAUGAAACGAUAGCGGUUUGGUCGGUUGUGAAGGGUCCAGCUACUUGCAUUUUCCUGACCUUCGUUGUCACUCUGGCUCUAUUCCCUGGAUGGACUUCAUCGUUGAGAAGUGCUCGUCAGUGCCACGAGUCCAGUCGACUCGUCAAUGACUUGUACACACCAUUCACUUUUGUGCUUUUCAACGUGGGUGAUUUGACUGGCCGCGUACUAUCGGCAAAGUUGCCCUGGAAACGGUGGCACCAUGUAUCCCUCAAUCCAGAUAUUGUUUGCAAUAUCGAACGGCUUCUUAGUAACUACGGCCUUUGUUCACGCACCGUCGCUCUUGCCGCGCUCAACUCACGUGCAAGAGCGAUCCUCCGAGCUCCUAACAUUCGCGGUUGCUUUUGGCCUUUUGAGUGGAAGCCUUUUUUCUUAUCCAGUUUCCAAACUGAGUGUCUGACGACAUCUUCGACUACCUGUCAGAUGCUGGUCGGCUUAAUGAAGAUGCUAGACGAGAGAUGGGAUGGAGGUCAAAAAGACAAAGCAAAAAUGCUAUGUGUCUCGCCGUCGCUCGUCUUUCAUUAG